AUGUCUUUGUGUGAAGACAUGGAGCUUUGUAAUUAUUGCAAGUGUCACAUCAAACUCUCUGGUUAUGCAUGGGUCACUGCCCACUCGCACAUUUUCUAUGAUCAGCAUGGCAGUGGUGAGUUUAGUUGUUCACCAGCUAUCUUCCCUGCCUGCAACAGUACCCUUUCUGGCAAGCUAGACAUUGUCCAAACAGAACUCAGUCCAUCAGAGGAAUACAAAGCCAUGGUAAUGGCAGGACUUUGACCAGAGACUGUAUUGGACAUUAGCUCCCGAGCACUAGCCUUCUGGACAUACUGUGUACAUCAAGAGCAUCUCUAUCAAGAAUACAAAUUCAGUAAGGCUGAGGGCCAUCUGAAGCAGAUGGAGAAGAUGUAUAUUCAACAAGUACAGAGCAAGGAUGUAGAACUGACCUCUAUGAAAGGGGAGGUCACUUCCAUGAAAAAAGUGCUAAAAGAAUACAAGAAAAAGUUCAGCAACAUCUCUGAGAAACUUAUGGAGCGAAAUCAUCAGUAUCAAAAGCUUCAAGGCCUCUAUGAUAGCCUUAGGCUACGAAACACCACUACUGCUAACCAAGAAGGUACCCUUGAGCCAUCCAUGAUGUCACAAUCUGGUAUUUUUGGCUUCCCAUUAGGGAACAACUCCAAGUUUCCUUUGGACAGUACGCCAGUUCGAAAUCGAGGUGGUGGAGAUGGAGGUUUUCGGUUCAGACCAUUUUUUGUGGGUUCUCCCAUAGCACCUGAACCCAGCAAUAGCUUUUUGAGUUUUGCCUCCCCAAGUCAUGAAUUGGAGCAACAGCAAGUCUCUAGCAGGACCUUUAAAGUAAAAGAAUUUAGCUCACUUUACAGAAUGUUUUUCUGUUUACUUUGA